CGCCGAAUGGAUUGUGUUGCGAAUUCAGUCGUCGCGGCGCUGACGAACAAGUGAUAUUAUUCUAGCCGACAGUGACCACAACGGUCGUGUAUUAAUACGUUCAUAAUUUCGCGGGAAAAUUUUUGAUUAUAUUAUAACUAAGUGACAAGUCAUAUACAAUCAUGAUGGGUUCGAUGAGCCGAAUCAUCGUCUUAGUGUGUAUAAUAUAUCAUUCUAUCUGUGAUGUCACCGGCAGAGGAUCAAGAGCUAGUUCAAGUCCCACAGAAGGAACAUUUAUUUGUAAAUCGGAAGGAUUUCAUUCAGACCCGUCUGACUGUACGUCAUUUUAUAGAUGUGUAAACUUUGGAGCUGGGACAUACUAUACCAAGUUUAAAUUUCAAUGUUCUCCUGGAACUGUUUUUGAUCCAGAAAACUCUGUAUGCGUACAUCCUUCUCUUUCUAAUAGAGAAGAAUGCAGAAAUGUACAAUUUAGUAAUCCCGAGCCUGAACCUAGCCCAGAAGAAUCUAAUUCGUGGAAUUCACGACCUAAUGAAACUCCAAAUCAACCAAACUCUAAUAAACCAAAUAACUCAGGUUAUGGCUCAACCGCCCCCGAAUAUUUAAGUCAGCCAUCUUCCAACUAUGAUUAUGGGCGCCCACAAACCGGUUAUAAGCCAACACAAACUGAAUACGUACAACCUCAAUCACCAAUAUACCAACCUCCCCCAUAUAUACCACCACUACCAAACUAUCCAUCAAAUAAUUAUAAACCUCAACAGCCAGAAUAUGUAGAAUCUAAACCUCAACCAAGUUACAAUCAACCACAACCUCAAUCUGGUUACAUUCCUACUUCAUCACAACCGACACAACAACCAAAUUAUAACCAACCUCCACAAUCUGGUUACAUACCUACUUCGUCACAACCGGUACAAAAACCAAAUUAUAACCAACCACCGCAAUCUGGUUACACACAAACAUCAACGCCACCGGCGCAACAGUUCAACUAUAAUCAACCACCACAAUCUGGUUACAAACCACCUAGUCAACAACCUAGCUAUAACCAACCACCACAAUCUGGUUAUAUACCACCUAGUCAGCAACCAAGUGAUAAUCGACCAUCACAGAAUAAUUAUGUGCAACCUGUAGUAUCAGAGCCAAAUUAUUACCAACCAUCAAAUCCUAAUUAUAAUCAACCGCAAUCUACAUUUGCACCUCCUGUUCAACCAGAAGAUGGAUACAAUCAGCAAUCAUCAUCGGAAAGUCCUGAAAAUGAAGUAGAUAAUGAAUCACCUGAUCAACCAGAAGACUCUAGUUCUACUGGACCAAAUUGUGUGUCAGAAGGAUUCCAUCCGUACGAUGAAGGCUGUAGUAAAAAAUUCAUAAGAUGUGUAGCUAAAGGUGAUGGAACUUUUACCAAAUAUGAAUUUAGUUGUGGUGAAGGGACCUUAUGGGAUGAUAGUCAACAAACAUGCAACCAUGCUAAUUUAGUAACUUGUGGAACCACGACAGCAGCUACACCUUCCACAAUACAAUCAGAUUCUACUGUAGCGCAACAAAUAACCACAGCCAACCAAUGGUCUAGUUCAAUGAGUUCAUCUAUGAUGUCAAGCUCAAGUUCAAGUUCUAGUAGUUCUUCAAGUAGCCAAUUUUCAACUUCAGCUAUCAUUGCUGGUCAAACAAAUGGAGGAAAUAACCAACAGCUUUCAUCUCAAGGUGCUACUUUAACAACAGUUGCUAUGAAUCAAGGCUCAAAUCAGGCUGAAAGUUCUAGCACAAAUCAACAAUUUGCUACUUCUGGGUCUAAUCAAGCUGUAACAUCUGGAUUUAACCAACAAACAACUAGUGCCGGAGCCAACCAACAAACAACUAGUGCUGCAGCCAAUCAACAGACAACUAGUGCUGCAGCCAAUCAACAGACAACUAGUGCUGCAGCCAACCAACAGACAACUAGUGCUGCAGCCAAUCAACAGACAACUAGUGCUGCAGCCAAUCAACAGACAACUAGUGCUGCAGCCAAUCAACAGACAACUAGUGCUGCAGCCAAUCAACAGACAACUAGUGCUGCAGCCAAUCAACAGACAACUGGUUUUGGAUCUAACCAACAGACAACUGGUUUUGGAUCUAACCAACAGACAACAAGCGCAGGAUCAAAUCAACAAACAACUGGUGCAGGAUCAAAUCAACAAACAACUGGCGCAGGAUCAAAUCAACAGACAACUGGUGCAGGAUCUAAUCAACAAACAAAUAAUUCUGGGAUUAAACCAACUUCACCAAUGUCAUCAACAUUAAAACCAACAACGCCAAUUUAUACAACAAAAAAACCAAUGGUAUCGACAACUCCAAAACCAACCACUCCAAAACCAACAACUUCAAAACCAACAACUUCAAAACCAACCACUUCUAAACCAACUACUCAAAAACCAAUCAAUUCAAGUACUACACAAAAAGUUACAACGACAACUCAGUCAACAUCUACUUUACCAACAACUACUACACAAAAAACCACUACUAAGAAACCAGCGCAAUACACUUCAACUUCUAAACCAACCACUCAAUCAACUACAAAACCAUCUGUUACGACAACCAUUAAACCUAUAAAUUCAAAACCAACAACAGUUGCUCCCACAAACAGACCAUUAAAUCAAUCAUCAACAACUAUUAAACCAGUAAGUCAACAAUCUACGAAAAAACCACCUACCACACCUGUUACCACAUCAUCAUCUAUAAAUCAUCAAACACAACCACCUGCAACAACAGACACUUGUACGACAGAAGGAUUUUUCCCAGAUUCUAAAGAUUGCAACAAAUUUUAUAGAUGCGUUGGUAAUGGAAAAGGAUUUACUAAAUAUAAUUUUAAUUGCGGGCCAGGAACUGUUUGGGAUCAUAUUAACAAUGUAUGUAAUCAUCCGUGGGCAGUGGAUAGAGAUUGUUCUAAAACAAGUUCAUCGUCUACACCUGGAUCAACAAAACCAAUUGUUUCAAAUAGUUCUGAAAAUCCAAUAUCAAGUCAACCUAGUAACCCAGAAAUAUCCACAACAUUGCCUACCAGUCCUUACCCUCAAUCGUCAACAAAUAGUCAAACUACUCAAACCCAAACUUCAACAACUACGUCUAGUCAACAAACAUCAUCAAUCACAAGCCAAACAGUUAUAUCGACCAAUAAUUCGACUGCCCCUUGUAAUACUUCACCAAAACCACCUAGCAAAAUAGUGUGUAAUGGAAGUGGAUUUUUCCCUCAUCCUGAUGAUUGUAAAAAGUUCUAUAGAUGUGUCGACUGGGAUGGCGAUAAAGGUGAACGGUUUUCUGUGUACCACUUCGACUGUCCUCAAGGAACCAUUUUUGAUCCUAGCUUAAACGUUUGUAAUCACGAAGCUUCUGUAUACCCCCCCAGAGAUUGUUCUGGAUCAAGCACUCCGCAAAUUAGUGGAACUACUCCAGCUACUGAAAUAUCUACUUCCACAGAAGCAAGUACUAUAGUAACAACUGAAGGUCAAACUGACACAACAGGACCUUCUGAAACUAAUGAACCAGAAUUAAAACCAACUUCAAGUUUGCCAGAAACAGAAUCUACUACAUCUAGUCAACCAGAAACUAAUCCACCGACAACUAAUCCAACAGGAACUGAUCCAAUAACGUCUAGUGUAACUGAGACUACAACGAGUCAAAUAGAAACAAAUCCACCGACAACUAAUCCAUCAGAAACUAAUCCACCAACAACUAAUCCAUCAGAAACUAAUCCACCAACAACUAAUCCAACAGGAACUGAUCCAAUAACGUCUAGUGUAACUGAGACUACAACGAGUCAAAUAGAAACAAAUCCGCCAACAACUAAUCCAUCAGAAACAAAUCCACCAACAACUAAUCCAUCGGAAACGAAUUCACCUACAAGUCAAACAGAAACAACAGAUUCUGAAACAAAUCAACCGUCAACAGAAACAUUACCUGCUACAACAACUUCACCAGAAACUUCAAACUCUACAGACAAGUGUCCUACUUUAGAACCUGAUCAAGUCGCAUUAGUGUGCCCAACAGGCUUUAGAAGACAUCCAAAAAAUUGUAACUUAUUUUAUCAAUGUACAAUAGCAGACAAUAAUGACAUAAAGGUAUUGGUCCUGGCAUGUUCAAAUGGUACGUACUAUGACCAAAAAAGAAUUCAAUGUUUACCACCAGAUGAAGCAGAAUCGUGUCCAUUGAAUAACGAAGGCCGGUCAGAACCACUUGAAGAGAUACUGCCAACUGUCCAGAUUCAACCGUAUCGGCAGUUAUGUCCGUCAGAAGGAAUGUUUGGUUCUCCAACUGAUUGUCAAACUUUUGUAAAAUGCAAUAGAAAUGCUCGAGGAAUUCUCAGUGGUCAAAUGUAUCAAUGUCCCGAAGGUCAAAGCUUUUGGGAAACAUCUAAGAAAUGUGAGAAGAAUAGGAAAAUUCCCAUGUGUAAUAAACUCGGCCCUAAAUUAAAUUGGCAAACGAGCCUAGCUCCUGUUCUUGCUAAUUAAUGAAAUUUAAUUUUAUAUGCAAAAAUUUCAAGUUAAAACGUUUAAUUAGCUCAAUAUUAAUGUAUAUUAGUUUAAGCUUAUGAUAAUAAAUAAUAUGUAAUUAAGUAUUUAACCUUAAUUUAGAUUACAAUUUGUAUACAUUUUGAAAAAUGUUUCAAAGAUUUACCUAGGCAACAAAAAUACAAAACUUAAAAUUGAUUCACUAUACGUUUAGUUUGUGAAAAUAUGAACAGAAAAUCAAACUAAAUAGGUAUGUAAUGGUUCUAGCAAAUAUUAUAAAUUAGGUUACUAUUAAUACAAUAUUUUUGUUAUGAACCAUAUUACCUACAUAUUUGAUUUCAAAAAUAAUGUGCCAUAUUAGACAAGUAUUUUUGCUUAAAAGUCUCAUAAAUUUUUGAAACAUUUUUUAAAUAUUGCAAAUAAUUACGUAUAAGUUAUAUUUUUAUAUUUUUUAUACAA